AGGAAAUGUUAUAAAAGGAGCUAUGCAAACAGUUCGACAGCAUUCGAGUGAAAUCGCAUUCAUAGAAUGGCUCUUGCAUAUCUCCUUCUCCUCAUCUGCAUCGUCCAUGCUGCCACAGCAGAACAGUCUUGCCCGGAACCGAUUGGCCCUUGCAUUACUCAAUUGUGCCCCGCGGAGAAUCAGAUCUGCAUAAGAAUGAAAGGUGAAGAAGUCUGCUGCGAUAAGACAAAGGUGCAAGGAGAGCCUGAAGAGAUUACAGGUAAGCAUUCAUUUUGA